GCCGGCGCCUCUGCCUGGCCCGCUCGCCCCUCCUUCCCCGACAGCUUCUGGCGGCCCAAGUGGACGUGGUGUUGCUUCGGUCCCCCUCCGAGGGGAGCGCAGGGCCCUGCACGGGUUCACGAACAGCACUGUGAACAGUAUCUUUGGUGCCAGGAACCAAGAGCCAGUUCUCGGAAUUGUCGUUCUAGUCACUAGGAUUGCUGCAAGUCUCUGGGAAGGCCUGUGGGUGCGUCCAGGUGCCAGGCCAGGGGAGGCACACGUGGAAGGCAUUUUCAAGAACUUUUGCCACAGGUGUAAAAGACUCCAGGCCUGCAAAGAUGCUGAAACAGAUACUAUCAGAGAUGUACAUAGAUCCCGAUCUGCUGGCAGAGCUCAGCGAAGAACAGAAACAGAUCCUGUUCUUCAAGAUGAGGGAGGAACAGAUCCGCCGAUGGAAAGAAAGAGAAGCAGCAAUGGAAAAAAAGGAAUCCUUGCCAGUGACAUCCAGGCCGAAGAAAGGGAAUGGCAAAUCUGUUCACUGGAAACUGGGAGCCGAUAAGGAAGUCUGGGUCUGGGUGAUGGGCGAACACCAUCUUGAUAAACCCUACGACGUGCUCUGUAAUGAGAUUAUUGCCGAGAGGGCCCAGCGGAAAGCCGAGCAGGAAGCGGAAGAGCGCAGAAAAACUCAGUCCAAAGAAUUCGCCAAUAACUUGAAAAUGAAAUCACAGUAUUGUGAUCUGCAAGCACCAGAUACCCAGGAGACUCAGAAUAUCUGUAAGAAAGCAGCAACAGAAGAGGAAGAACUGGGGAAGGGCUCUAGACCAGCACCACUCCUUGAAGAAGAGAAAAUUCCAUCACUCUCCAGUUCCUCAAGAAAUAUUCAACAAAUGUUGGCAGAUUCUAUCAAUCGUAUGAAGGCAUAUGGAUUUCACCAGAAGAAAGAGCCUGUGAAGAAAACACAAGAUGAAGAACUAAAGCAAAUAGAUGAGGAGAAAGCCAAGCAGAUUUAUAAAAGCUGGAAAGAAGAUUCAGAGUGGCAGGCAUCUCUGCGAAAAUCCAAAGCCGCUGAUGAGAAGAGACGCUCUUUGGCUAAACAAGCGCGGGAAGACUAUAAGAGGUUAUCGCUUGCGGCCGAAAAAGGAAGCGGUGAGGGACCACAAAGUCCCCCAGGAGUUCUACAGAAACCAAAAAGACCCCCCCUUCCACCCAAGCCUCACUUCCUAAACCCGGCGGGAUACCCUCCAAAGCCUCUUGGAAACCAGGGAGUGACGAGGACAGCGUCCAACUCUGCCCAGGAGGACAUCAUUCGGUGGUUUAAAGAGGAGCAGCUACCACUGCGAGCAGGCUACCAGACAACCUCAGACACCAUAGCUCCCUGGUUCCACGGGAUCCUGACAUUAAAGAGAGCGAAUGAGCUUCUGAGCGCUUGCAUGCCGGGCAGUUUUCUGGUCCGCAUCAGUGAAAGGAUCAAAGGCUACGCCCUGUCCUAUCUGUCCGAGGAUGGCUGUAAGCAUUUCCUCAUAGACGCCUCCACGGACUCCUACAGCUUCCUGGGCGUGGACCGGCUACAGCACGCCACCCUGGCCGCGCUGGUGGACUACCACAAGGUGGAGCCCAUAACCUCCCUGGGGAAGGAGCUCCUCCUCUACCCCUGUGGUCAGCAGGGCGAGCCGCCGGAUUACCUGGAGCUCUUCGAGUGA